GCCCUCAGCGCGGAGCUGUCCCCUCCCUUGCGCAUGCGCGGUGCUCCCUCGCUGCGUAGCUGGGCGCGCCGGCGGCGUACGGUCCACGCGCUCUGCAUGCCGCCAUGAAGUUCGCCUACCGGUUUUCCGGCCUACUGGGUACCGUGUACCGCCGCGGGAACCUCAACUUCACCCGCGAUGGCAGCUGUCUCAUUAGCCCCGUCGGGAACAGGAUCUCUCUCUUCGAUCUGAAGAAUAAUAAAUGUGAAACAUUCCCACUGGCCACACGGCACAACAUUGUGUGUGUGGGGCUCUCUCCAGAUGGAAGCCUUGCCAUCCUUGUUGAUGAAGAGGGAGCUGCCUUGCUCGUCAGUCUGAUUGGUAAAUCUGUGAUACAUCAGUUUCAUUUCCACAAGCCAGUGCACAGUGUCUCCUUUUCUCCUGAUGGCAAGAGGUUUGUGAUUACAAAAGACAAUGUUGCUCUUCUGUACCACGCUCCUGGGAAGAGACGAGAAUUCAACGCAUUUGUUCUGGACAAAACUUACUAUGGUCCGUAUGAUGAAACAACUUGUAUUGACUGGACUGAUGAUUCCAAGUGUUUUGCAAUUGGAAGCAAGGAUAUGUCUACAUGGGUGUUUGGAGCAGAGCGAUGGGCAAACUUGAUAUAUUACUCACUUGGUGGGCAUAAGGAUAUAAUAGUAGCCUGCUUUUUUGAAGAGGACAGUCUUGAUCUAUACACAGUUAGCCGGGAUGGAGCUCUCUGUGUGUGGCAAUGUGACACAGAGCUUGAUGGUCUGAAGCCCAUGCCCCCUAAAGAAGCUAGACAAAAGAACAGAGUAAAAGAUGAUGAUGGAUUUCUUGAAGAACCCAAGGGUGAAGAAAUUCAUGGAAAAGUCAAUCCAAAUGAACAGGACAUAAGAGAGAAGGUUAAAUAUACACGUGUGGCAAAGUAUUUUUUCAAUAAAGAAGGAGAUUUUAAUAACCUGACAUCCGCAGCUUAUCACAAGAAAACACACCUGUUGGUCACUGGUUUUGCUUCUGGAAUCUUUCACCUCCAUGAGCUUCCAGAUUUCAAUCUGAUACAUUCCUUGAGUAUUUCAGACCAAAGGAUAGCUUCUAUUUCUAUCAACUCUACUGGUGACUGGAUUGCUUUUGGAUGUUCAGGUUUGGGUCAGCUCCUGGUGUGGGAAUGGCAGAGCGAAUCCUAUGUGUUGAAGCAGCAGGGCCAUUUCAACAGCAUGGUUUCAUUGGCUUAUUCUCCAGAUGGGCAAUACAUAGUAACUGGAGGAGAGGAUGGGAAAGUCAAAGUAUGGAACACUUCAAGCAGUUUUUGUUUUGUCACUUUUACAGACCAUAGCAGUGGCGUAACUGCUGUAACUUUUACUUCCAGUGGUUAUGUUAUUUUGAGUGCUUCCCUGGAUGGAACAGUGCGGGCCUUUGAUUUGCACAGGUACCGCAAUUUCCGUACCUUUACUUCUCCACGACCAAGUCAGUUCUCUUGUUUGGCUGUGGACUCCAGUGGCGAGAUUGUGUCAGCUGGUUCCCAGGAUUCCUUUGAAAUAUUCAUCUGGUCGAUGCAGAGUGGGAGGCUGUUGGAUGUCUUAUCAGGUCACGAGGGCCCCAUCAGCAGUUUGUCCUUUAACCCAAUGAAGUGUGUUCUCGCUAGUGGCUCUUGGGAUAAAACUGUCAAGUUAUGGGAUAUGUUAGACAGCUGGAGAACUAAGGAGACAUUAAUGUUGAACUCUGAUGUACUUGUUGUUGCUUUCCGACCUGAUGGCAAGGAGCUUGCAGUUGCUUCUUUGAAUGGACAGAUAACAUUUUGGGAUCAUGAGAAUGCAGUCCAAGUUGGCUCAAUUGAGGGAAGACAUGACCUUCAAAUGGGAAGGAAGGAGCUCGAUAAAAUCACUGCCAAACAAUCAGCCAAAGGGAAAUCUUUUACCACUCUGUGUUACUCAGCAGAUGGACAAUCCAUUUUGGCAGGUGGACUGUCAAAAUUUGUCUGUAUUUAUAAUGUCAAAGAACAGAUUCUUAUGAAAAAAUUUGAGAUCUCGUGCAACCUUUCUUUAGAUGCAAUGGAGGAAUACUUGGAUCGGAGAAAAAUGACUGAAUUUGGCAGCAUGGCUCUGAUAGAUGAAGGCACUGGAGAUGAAGAUGGUGUUGCUAUUCCUCUUCCUGGAGUAAAAACAGGUGACAUGAGUUCUCGACACUUCAAACCAGAAAUAAGAGUAACUUGCCUGCGAUUCUCUCCUACAGGACGAAGCUGGGCAGCUACCACCACCGAGGGUCUUCUUAUCUAUUCACUGGAUGCUGGGUUAAUUUUUGAUCCUUUUGAGCUGGACAUUGAUGUUACACCCAGCAAUAUUCGCAAAAAACUGCAUCAGAAAGAAUACACGAUGGCUAUUGUCAUGGCCCUGAAGCUAAAUGAAAAGAAGUUAAUUCAGGAGGUUAUAGAAGCCAUACCUGGUAAUGAAGUUGAUGUUGUCUGCUCAUCGCUCCCAGAUCUGUAUGUGGAAAAGGUGUUGGAGUUCCUGGCCUCUGCCUUUGAGAUAUCUUGUCAUUUAGAGUUCUAUCUUAUUUGGGCUCAUAAGUUGCUCAUGCUGCAUGGACAGAAAUUAAAAACAAGGUCGCAGAAGCUGCUCCCCAUGAUUCAGUUUCUUCAGAAAAGCAUCCAGCGUCACUUUGAAGAUGUAUCCAAGCUCUGUGAAUGGAAUAUCUACAAUAUCAAAUAUGCAUUGGCCAUUUCACAGCAGCGGGGCAUGAAGCGUGUGGCAGAAACAUCAGUAGAUGAAGACGACUUGGAGUCUUCAGACAGUGAUUAUCUCAUGCAAGAAGUUCAUGUUGAUAAUUUCACUUCCUAGUUAUUCUUCAUGGGAGAAAACCUAAGACAACGUAAAUUUGCGCAGUGGUAUUCACUGGGACUGAGUGGCCCUCAUAGUGGCAUAAUUUAGCUCUUCUUAACAGUGUGGGCUGGGCUUGCAUCUGGGUUACAAAGUGGGAGAGAUUUAGGAUAGGCAGUGCCAGCCUCUGUCCAUAAUGCCAGUGACUGGUUGCUUGACAGCACUGAUUUCUUAGGUUUUUAAAUUGUUCUCAAUUUCAGGUAAGGUAAAAACAUGUUUUUAUCUAUGAAGUUAGAAGUAUGACUGGAAGAAAUGCAUUCUUUAUUAAAAACACAUUGUGAAUAGAUUAAAUAUUGAGAAUUAA